AUGUCCACUAUACCCCCUUCACUUCCCCCGACCUACCGCUCGCGAGGUCUCGAGUCCCUUCCCUGGGUUAUUUUAUUUGAAAUUGCUAUAUUGCUGGACGACCGUGAUUUCGUCCACCUAAGCCGUCUUAGCAGGACGCUGUAUGCCUCUCUCUGGACUGAUCCCAUCGCACGCAAGAUCGUUGAGAACUUUCUCCCGUUUAGCAAAGAGGCCCACUGGGCCAAAUAUCGGAAAGACUAUUCCUACCAGAAAGCUAUUGAACAUCCCUAUGGAACCGACUUUCUCUACAAUCAGGGGGUGCUUUGCUACCGGAUAGAAAGCGAAAUCCGUCUGCUGGAUGCGCAUGCUGUGGAAAAGCGGGAGCGCGUCCUGGGCUUAUCCGUGGCUCUCCAGAGCGUGAGCCCAGAAUCGAUGGGCGCGGAUGCUGUAGGCCGCGUGUCGUUGCUACGCUACGCAGAUAACAUCCUCGUCUUUCGGGUUCACGCCGAAAAUGAUCGAGCCGAUAACAAUUGGGCCGCUGACGAUCAAUCCGAGAAUGAUUUGUUUGAUGAUGACCUAUCCGAAGAUGAUCUGUUUCAGCCCGUGAAUGAUCGGGCGCUACGCGACUUGAUCGUAGUGGUUGACAUGACCAGUCAUCUGAUCCGCUUCUCAAAGCAAAUCCCUUUGAAAACUCCCGUUUUUGUCCGGCAAAGUGAUACCUAUCUUUGGUAUGGGAUUUUCAGAGCGACCGAUAUCUCAAACGGUAGAUGGAUUGUCUAUGGUGUCGACCUUCGUGCCGCGGAGCCAGAGCCGAUCGAAACUUUUCGUAUACAGGCUGCGAACGGUGCUCUUGACCAAUCUGUCUGUUUUGAGAUUGCUCCUGGCGAGAAGAGUGAUAAGCUUCGUGUUUGCAACAGAAGUCUGUGGCGCCGCGAGCAUUCCGAAGGUUCCAUCAAUGAGUGGUGGGCCAAUAUGUCAAUCCGGACAGAUGAGAUCACUGGCCGACCGGUCAUCUUGGAAUGCCGUCGAGAGUGGGCCGGCAACAGACGCGAGCACCAUCGCACCUACUACUCACAGCCACUCCCAAUACCAGAGGAAUUCCUUGCUGAAACUGGCGAAGAAGCCGCAACGGACGAAUUUGAGAGCGAUCCUCUCGAAUCUGAGCUGUCAAACCGGCACCGCAAUGAGCACAGGCCAGCAAAGCGACUGCGUCAUGAAUUUCAUGCGGAAUAUGAGCCAGCCGACAGCCCAGAGGACCGACAAGAGUUCAUUCGUGCACGCACAAGACAUUGUAGCUACAAUCUAGCUGCUUGCACCUAUAUUGAUCUUGUCAACGAUCCACUACCCAACAGAGUGCGGCUCCAAGAACGUCUCCGUCUCCGCACCAGGUCUCGAAAUCAUGAGGAUUUCAUUGAUGAGAAAGACGCACUACUUCCGCACAACCUACUUUCGAGCACCACAAAAUGCAAUGAAGGCGAAACCCCCAUAACAGGCUUGAAAAAACGCUACGACUCUCAUCGCACCUACCUGUGGCCUCCAGAGAACGCGUCAGUCGAGCUUCGCCGGCUCCUCUGUCCUCCCAGUUCCUUCAAGACACUGCGUGCUGUCUCAGAUGAGCGUUCCAUGGUCUACUCUGUACGAUAUCCAAAUCUACCAGCAAACUAUCGGGCUUUGGUUUUAGUCAGCUUUGAUCCACAGAUUGGUUUCAGCUUUCUGUCAGCAUUGGACGACACAAAGGAUUUUCACAAGAAUCAUCGAUUUCCCUCGCUGGCGAUGAUAAAAUCACCGGAGCCGUCGCUCCUGAGAGAGACAAACCCGCUUUAUGAGCACAUCCAGUGGGGAUAUUGGUUACGAUGA